AUGUUUAGACCGUUGAAGUGUGCGGCGAGACAAUUGUCUUUUGUUCGUCAUUAUUCCAAAGAACCAGAAAAGAUAAAUCGUCAUGUAUGUAUUUUAACUACAAAAUUAUCUUCAGUAUACUAACGUUUAGACCAUCCUUUAUAAGCAAUUUGGUAAGGCCUUUACAAAGAUGUGUGCAAUCACUAUAGGGACAUAUUACGGGCUACUUGGGUUACAUGACUGGUUAGAAUAUGAUUUGGAGAAGAAAAAAUAG